CUAUAUAAACUGAAUGAAUGCUUCUGUUCACUCUGGCUUUGAGCCACAGGCUGCCUCUCAUAUAAUCCCUUCUUCACGUCUCUUUCUCUCUCUCUGCUGAAAGUCUUUUUCCAUUUAAAGGUGUAACACAAAAAAAGAGACCAAGAUGUCAGACAAAAAGAUGACAUCCAGCCGCCUGCACCAUCUAAAGAGCUUGAUGCUUCAGAUCGCUCAGGGGCUUCUCGAGGCCGAGGCUGCAGAGACAGAGAAAGAGAAAGAGAAGUACAUGGAUGAGAACUGUCCUACCCUCUCCCUGCCUGGAUCAAUGCAGGAAAUGCUGGAUUUAUGCAAGAAGUUGCACCAACAGAUUGAUCUUGUGGAUGAGCAGAGAUAUGACAUGGAGAGCAAAGUGGCCAAAUCCAAUAAAGAGAUUGAUGAGCUGAAGAUAAAAGUGCAGGAUUUGAAGGGCAAGUUUAAGAAGCCAGCUCUGAAGAAAGUGCGCAUGUCUGCUGACGCUAUGCUGCAAGCUCUGCUCGGCUCCAAACACAAGGUGUCAAUGGACCUGAGGGCCAACCUCAAACAAGUCAAGAAGGAGACCAAGGAAGAGGAGAAAGAGAGUGUGGGUGACUGGCGCAAAAACAUUGAAGAUAAGGCUGGCAUGGGUGGCAGAAAGAAGAUGUUCGAAUCAGAGGCAUAAAAUUGUUUUGUUUUUUUGCAUUCAUAUCAAAUUAUUUAUUUGUUUACAUUGUGGUCCUACCCUCGCUUUUUGUACACUGAGAAUGAAAGUAUUGAUUUUCGCCUUUGUCCUUGGGUGACACUUUUCAUUGUUUUUCAAAUAAAGCAAACAGCUUCACAAAA